GUCCUCCAUGAGCGACUCCAUGUGUGUCAACAGCGUGAGUUGAAAAUCCGACUUUUUUAUCUGAUUCUGCAAAAAGUCAAAGCAGUUUUUAAUACAUUCAGAACUCCACUUGGUUUAUAUUUCAGUGUCUGCGCUCAUGGCAACAGUACGCAAGAAGGUGGACAACCGGAUUCGGGUCCAGAUCGAGAAUGGAGUGGCUCUUCAGCACCGCACCAUGUUCGUGGUGGUGGGAGACCGGGGAAGGGACCAGGUCGUUAUUCUGCAUCACAUGUUGUCCAAAGCUGCCGUCAAAGCUCGACCUUCAGUUCUCUGGUGCUACAAGAAGGAUCUGGGCUUCAGCAGCAAUCGGAAGAAGCGAAUGCGGCAGCUGCAGAAGAAGGUUAAAACUGGAACGUUGAAUCUGAACCAGGACGACCCAUUUGAACUUUUUAUUGCCGCGACCAACAUCCGCUACUGCUACUACAACGAGACACACAAGAUCCUCGGAAACACUUUUGGCAUGUGCAUCUUACAGGACUUUGAAGCUCUGACUCCGAACCUUUUAGCCAGGACUGUUGAGACGGUGGAAGGUGGUGGCAUCGUGGUGAUUCUGCUGCGGACCAUGAACUCUCUGAAGCAGCUGUACACAAUGACCAUGGACGUUCACUCACGGUACAGAACUGAGGCGCACCAGGAUGUGGUCGGGCGGUUCAAUGAAAGGUUCAUUCUUUCUCUCGCGUCCUGCAAAAACUGCGUGGUCAUCGAUGACCAGCUCAACAUCCUGCCCAUCUCCAGCCACAUGGCCAGCAUCAAGCCUGUCCCUCCUAAAACCAUGGAGGACGGUCCGUCCCCGAGGGAACAGGAGCUGAAGGAUCUCAAAGAGUCUCUACAGGACACGCAACCUGUGGGCGUGUUGGUGGACGGAUGCCGGACCAUGGAUCAGGCUAAAGCUGUUCUGAAGUUCAUCGAAGCAAUUUCAGAGAAGACCCUGAGGAGCACCGUGGCUCUGACCGCCGCCCGAGGACGAGGCAAAUCUGCAGCCAUGGGUCUGGCUGUGGCAGGAGCGGUCGCUUUUGGAUACUCCAACAUCUUCGUCACCUCCCCAAGUCCAGACAACCUUCACACCAUGUUUGAGUUCGUCUUCAAAGGCUUCGAUGCUCUGCAGUAUCAGGAGCAUCUGGACUAUGAAAUCAUCCAGUCCCUGAAUCCAGAGUUCAACAAGGCGGUGGUGCGAGUGAACAUCUACAAGGAGCAUCGGCAGACCAUUCAGUACAUCCACCCGGGCGACGCUGUCAAGCUGGGUCAGGCUGAGCUCCUGGUCAUCGACGAGGCCGCUGCUAUCCCUCUGCCUCUGGUGAAGAAGCUGCUGGGACCUUACCUGGUCUUCAUGGCCUCCACCAUCAACGGCUACGAGGGCACCGGGCGCUCGCUGUCCCUGAAGCUGAUCCAGCAGCUGCGGCAGCAGAGUGCCGACAGUCAGCAGAGCACCACGGCGGAGAAUCGGACCGUCAACACAGCAAGGCUGGCAGCAGCUCGCUCGCUUCACGAGGUGGCCCUGCACGAGUCCAUCCGUUACGCUCCCGGCGACGCAGUGGAGAAGUGGCUGAACGAGCUGCUGUGUCUAGACUGCCUCAACAUUCCUCGCCUCAUCUCCGGGUGUCCUCUUCCACAGUCCUGCGACUUAUAUUACGUCAACAGAGACACGCUGUUCUGCUACCACAAAGCCUCGGAGGCCUUCCUGCAGAGGCUGAUGGCGCUCUACGUGGCGUCGCACUACAAGAACUCUCCAAACGACCUGCAGAUGUUGUCCGACGCUCCGGCUCACCACCUCUUCUGCCUGCUGCCUCCGGUUCCUCCGACUCAGAACUCGCUACCGGAAGUCCUCGCCGUGGUCCAGGUGUGUCUGGAGGGAGAGAUCUCCCGGCAGUCCAUCCUCAACAGUCUGUCCAGAGGAAAGAAAGCAGCCGGAGACCUCAUUCCCUGGACCGUGUCCGAGCAGUUCCAAGACCCCGAGUUCGGCGGCCUCUCUGGAGGUCGUGUGGUGCGGAUCGCCGUGAAUCCAGAUUAUCAGGGCAUGGGCUACGGCUCCAGAGCGCUGCAGCUUCUACAGAUGUACUACGAGGGCAAAUUCCCCACGAUGGACGAGAACACGCCGACGGAUCAGAACCAGAUCACCUCCGUGAGCAGCGAGGCGGUCAGUCUUCUGGAGGAGGUGGUCACCCCCAGGAAGGAGCUUCCUCCGCUGCUGCUGAAGCUGAGCGAGAGACGAGCGGAGCGCCUGGACUAUCUGGGGGUUUCCUACGGCCUGACGGCACAGCUGCUCAAGUUCUGGAAGAAAGCUGGUUUUGUUCCCGUCUACUUGAGACAAACGCCUAACGAUCUGACGGGGGAACACUCGUGUGUGAUGGUGAAGGAGCUGGCCACUGAGGAGGCUUCUGAGCAGAGUCGGUGGCUCUCUGCGUUUUGGAAAGAUUUCCGCAGGCGCUUCCUGUCUCUGCUCUCGUACCAGUUCAGCAGCUUCCAUCCGAGUCUGUCGCUCAGCAUCCUGCAGAACAAGACCACCAACGAGCCGUCCAGCAUUCUCAGCUGCUCAGAGCUGGCGGCGCACUUCAGCCCAUACGACCUCAAACGUCUGGAGCUGUACUCCAGGAGCAUGGUGGACUACCACCUCAUCAUGGACCUGAUCCCCACUGUGGCUCGCAUGUUCUUCCUCAGGCAGCUGGGAGACGUGCCGCUGACGGCCGCUCAGAAGGCACUGCUGCUUGGUAUCGGACUCCAACACAAGUCGGUGGAUGAGCUGGAGAAGGAGAUCGAGCUGCCAGCCUCACAGCUCAUGGGACUCUUCAACCGUCUCAUCCGCAAGUUUGUGCAGAUCUUCACCAGCAUCCAAGAAAAAGCUAUCGAGGCGGAGAUGGUGACGACCAAGGACGUCUGCAUGGAGCCGACGAUCAAGAGCCUUGAUGAUGAUCUGAAUGAAGCAGCCGAAGAAUUCAAGGAGAAACACAAGCAGAAUGUCGCGAAAGUGAAGGACAUGUACCUCGAUGAGUACAAGAUCCGGGGCGACGACGACGAGUGGGAGCAGGUGCUGAAGAAUGCCGGCAACACUGCUGUUGUCAGCAUAAAGAGCGACAAGAAGAGGAAAUUGGACGGAGGGAACGUCGCGACCAGUAACGGCGGGCUGCGUCACGGGAAGAUGAAGAAGGAAAUGCAGCACGGAAAGUUCAAGAAGAACAAACCGCACGGGAAGUUAGGAAAGAAGCAUUAGUGGGAGCAAAGUUGACAAGACUUUUGUUUUCGAGUUACCGAUGACCCCCUUCUGCCAAACAAAUCAUUUAUUUCCAGCGUCCAUAAAACAAAGCCUACAAACUAGUAAAAACAGGGAAGCUAAGAACCUGAGGAUUACGGGUGACCUGGGCGUGCGCCGCCGUCACUUCAGCACCUGAGCUUUGAGAUGGCUCCACUUGAGUCUCAGCUGCUGCUUCACAGUCUCUGGUGCGAAGACACAGUCGAUGGCCUGCUCAGACAGGCUCCAGACGUCUUCAUGACUGAGGUUAAAGGUCGACGCCGCGAUCUGGUAUUCCUGAGACAGGUCUGUGCUGAAGACUCCUUUAUCAUCCGUCUACACCAGGAGGAGUGAAAAGAUCAGGGAUGAGUGGUUUCCCAUGUGGAUGUGACGAAUAAUGUUAUUACACAUA